UCCCUCUCCUUACCUCUCACUCUUCCUCUCACACAUGCGCCAGAGCUCAGACUGCAGCAGAGCGCAAAGCCAGCAAGGAUUUUACCAUUUAUUUUUGGAAAGGUAGAGAGACAUUUACCUGCUGAGGAGAUCCUGCAUGGAGGGUUGAUUGAAAAGGAGAAUCUCACAAGCUGCUGAGUGUGUAGGUUGGCACCUGGUCUUCAGAAGCAGCUGCGAGGACUUUUGUAAGCCUCUCCAUCCUUCCCAAGUGACCUGCCAGCUUCUCAUCACCUCUUCUGGUUAGGAUGCUCCGCUGUGCGCCCCUGUGCUGAGGAGGCGUCGGCGGGCAGCAGCAUGGACGCUGUGCUGGCCGGCAUCCCCACCAUCCCCUCCACCACCACCAAUCUGCCACCACCACCACGCUGCCCAGCCGAGCCUGGGGCUCCCCCCAUCCCCGCUGAUGGGCGAAGACACUGACGCCACCCUGACGCUCAACCACCACGGCUUCCUCCCCGACCACAACUAUGUGACUGAAGGGCUGCUCCUGGCUAUAGCCUGAAGAGCUCCGCCCAUCCUGUCCACCCCUCUCCACCCUGGAGUCCUCCCCCAGGAUGUUGAGCCCCAUCCAGGUGCUGUGCUCCGACAUCACUACCCUUUCUCUGGAGCCUGAGCCGUUUGCCUCUUACACUGAAGCGGAUAUCAUCUCCACUGUAGAGUUCAACCACACAGGAGAGCUCCUGGCCACAGGGGACAAAGGAGGCCGUGUGGUCAUCUUUCAGAGGGAACCAGAGAGCAAGUCUGAGCCAUUUUCCCAGGGAGAGUACAAUGUGUACAGCACCUUCCAGAGCCAUGAGCCCGAAUUCGACUACCUUAAAAGCCUGGAGAUUGAGGAGAAGAUCAAUAAGAUCCGAUGGCUGCCUCAGCAGAACGCUGCUCACUUUCUCCUCUCCACCAAUGAUAAAACCAUAAAGUUGUGGAAGGUGAGUGAAAGAGAUAAACGACCAGAAGGAUACAACCUGAAGGAUGAAGAAGGUCGCAUCAAGGAUAUCUCUACAGUCACCUCUUUGCAGGUGCCGGUCUUGAAGCCAAUGGACCUGAUGGUGGAGGUGAGCCCCCGGCGGGUGUUUGCCAACGCCCACACGUACCACAUCAACUCCAUCUCGGUCAAUUCGGACUAUGAGACCUACAUGUCAGCGGACGACUUGAGGAUCAACCUCUGGCAUCUAGACAUCACUGAUCGCAGCUUCAACAUUGUGGACAUCAAACCAGCAAACAUGGAGGAUCUAACGGAGGUGAUCACAGCUGCAGAGUUUCACCCCCUCCACUGUAACCUGUUUGUUUACAGCAGCAGCAAAGGCACCCUACGCCUCUGUGACAUGAGAGAAGCAGCGCUGUGCGACAAGCACUCCAAAUUGUUUGAGGAGCCCGAGGAUCCUAGCGCUCGCUCCUUUUUCUCUGAGAUUAUCUCCUCUGUGUCUGAUGUGAAGUUCAGCCACAGCGGCCGCUACCUGCUCACCAGAGACUACCUGACUGCAAAGGUGUGGGACCUCAACAUGGAGAGCAAGCCCCUGGAGACAUACCAGGUACACGAUUACCUCCGCAGCAAGUUGUGCUCCCUUUACGAGAACGACUGCAUCUUCGACAAGUUUGAGUGUGCCUGGAACGGCUCGGACAGUGUGAUUAUGACCGGCGCCUACAACAACUUUUUCCGAAUGUUUGACCGCAACACCAAGCGAGAUGUGACCCUGGAGGCCUCGCGGGAGAGCAGCAAACCCAGAGCCGUCCUGAAGCCACGGAGGGUCUGCGCCGCCGGCGGGAAACGGCGGAAGGACGACAUCAGCGUGGACAGCCUGGACUUCACCAAGAAGAUCCUGCACACGGCCUGGCACCCCAACGAGAACAUCAUCGCCAUCGCUGCCACCAACAACCUGUACAUCUUCCAGGACAAACUCAACUCCGAGAUGCACUGAUGAAGGGUCGUCGGCGGCGGGUCCAAACGAGUUUACAAGCAAACAUGCAACUAUGCUAGAAUGUACAUUAUCAGACUCAAACGCUGGCCCACAGAACCCAGGAAGAUGCCUAACGCACACAGUCAGAAUGCAUACACACAUUCAUCUCCUCCUUAGCCUCCCACAAGUGAACGGAGUCCAGUCAGGGAUAAAAAAAGGAAAGUGGCUGCAUUACACAAUGGGUUAUUAUUGAAAACUGUCCAAACUGUGUUUAUUUUUAUUGUUAUCCUGUGGAUUGUGGUAAAUUGUGUGGUAAUCACCACAGCUUGGCUUCUGAGUGGGUGGGAUCAGAUCCCCUCUCAGGCUAGAAGGACUUUUACAUUUCUUUGUCUUUUUUUAACUCUUCAGGCUCUCUUGCUUUCUCCACCUCCUCUUCCUCACCUCUCUGUAUUCGUGUGCUCAAGGAAAGCCUAUUCUUAUCCCCUUUGCCCACUGUUUUGUGUAAAAAAAAAAAAAAAAAAAUUUGGGCCAUUUAUAUAACUGUCUGUUUUUCAUUCCAGAUAAAGCUCUCUGUUUUUGUAACUUCUUGUUAAAUGUCGACGACAAAAGGCAGAUCUGAUGAUGAAAAUGAAGCGACAUGUGAGAUAUGCAAAGAUGAACCCCGUGACUUUCCUCUCAUCCCAAACUGCACCAGACCCCUCUGCCCUCAAGAGGGGCGAAGCAUUCACAGUCCUGCAGACAGAAGCAGACGUUAACAGACACAAACCCACUACAGACCGUGUGUUUAAGCAAUGACUGUUUUCAUUUUUAGCCAAAACACAUCCAAACAUAUCAGUUUGUGUUUUUCGCUUCUGAUCCAGGGCUGUUGUGUGUGCUGCUGCUGCUUCAACACUCAAUACAUUAAACUCAGAUAAAGCAAAAAAGUAAAAAAUAAUAAUUAAAAAAAAUAAAAAAAACGGCGAAGAAAUAUUUGCAACAAUCGAGCAAAAAGAUGCUGCAUGUUCAACAGAUUUAUUUUAUAAAUCGUCUGUCUGACUGACUUGGCUGCCUUCGUUAAACAUUUAAACCUAGCUGUAGAAAAGCUUCAGGGGAGCCUGGGGUGGGGGGCCUCACAGCAGCAGGAGCCGCCGUAGUUGACCGUUGACCUCCUAUUUGUGUCCUCGGAUGCUGAAGCAUGUUUACUCGAGUUCGGUUUGUACUCGUCCAUUCUGAAUGAAGCUGUCCACAGAUCAGUGUAAACUGAGAACCGAGAAAAAUGGGGAAUGUUUCAGAUUAAAUGUUGUACCUUAAAAUAAUCAGAAUAACAACAAAAAAAAACUUUAGAGCGGCCUCAGUGGUGUCUGUAUAUAACAGCUCUGUUUCUGACAUGAGGUUUCGUUUCGUCUGUCGACCAACUGCAGACUUGCCUCCAAAGCUACAGCGGAGUGAUGGUACUUUAAUCUCUUCGGCCUUCCUCACUGAUUACUUUUUUUGGAUGUGCAGAAGUUUUUAUUUUUUAAAAGACGGGCGCUUCUUUGUUUGGAAUAUGUGUCGGUCGUACUCCAUGUCUUUAUCAAAUACAGUUGAUUCACAUAUUUUUGUCUAAAUAUAUGUUGACAUGAUUGUCAAAUGGACAGUUAUAAAUAAUGUUAAUAUCUCUCUUUGUUUCUUUCUCUUUUUUCAAUAAAGGAUUCAACAAAAUUGCACCCAA